UGCGGGAGCGCCGAUCCCGGCGGCCCCUUUCCGUGCCCAGCCGCGUGAGAUUUGGGGCGGGGGUGGAUUGGAUUGCGCGCCGAAUUGGGGACGCAUGGUUUGCUAUGCUAGAUUCACGCAUUGAAUGAUUCAUGGCAUUGUUCGUCCCUUGUUUACCUUCCUGUCAGGGGCGAAUUGAGGCCUGCUGUGAGAUUAUUAUCGAUUCCUGACGCGAGCUGUGAGAUUACGAGUUCUGUCGCCUCACUGCUACAGUAUUUCCUUUUGCACCAGACGAAUGCGUGGUCCUAGGGUUGGCUGCGUCGACGCAAAGAUCGUUCCCCUUUUAAAAUUGGAUUCGGGGAACAAGUUGUUGCAACCUGCAGUAUUUUUAUCUGGUAGUAGGUAUACUAACAAAAUCACUCCGACAUAAAGGUUCUAAAUACACAUCUGCGCCACUUAUCAUAGCAGCCUCGCAGGAAAAUAGGGUUUCUCACACAGGCUGGAUAUCCUAUUAGCAAGUGUAGGAAUUCUGUGCUCUGUACCGUGUUAGCAGAAUGAUAGUGCAUCCGGUGCAGGGGAUGUCUGUGCCCGGAAUAUGUUCAAGCAUUGGAUUGGAUGAUCCCUCUUUGGCCAAAGUAGUUCCUUCGACAGGAAUAGCAUGGGCCGUUUAAUGGGUAAAUAAAGCUAAAAUUUGGUAUAGCAAGAUAAUUAGCUCAUGAGCUUCAUUCUCAGUAAUCAUGUAAGUGGAUAGUUCACUAAGAAAUCUCUGGCAAUUACUUUGUUCAUUCAGAGGACACCAUCAGUAGCAUGCUCACCCAAAAAUUUGGUAGAGUAGGAUGAUUGGCUCAUGAGCUUCAUUCUCAGUAAUCAUGUAAGUGGAUGGUUCACUAAGAAAUCACUGGCAAUUACUUUGUUUAUUCAGAGGACACCAAUCAGUAGCAUGCUCACAGGCAACCAUAUAAAAUUUGGAUAGCAUACAUAACCAAUCAUAACUGGUGAAUUUUCCAUGUAGUACCCUGGGGAUUAGGGGUUUAUCCCCGAAACACGCAAUCUAAGAAGCCAGUUCAAUUCAGCAUAGAAAAAACAGCAAUAAACACUGCCUGCAGUCUUCCAAACCUCAGUGGGAUAAGUUCUAAAGAAAUAUACAAGAUGUCAGAUAGAGCCACACAUUGGUGUUAUGCCUGCCGUCGGCCAAUUCGUCUUCGUGGACAAGAUAUAAUCUGCCCCAACUGCAAUGAUGGCUUCAUACAAGAGAUCAGUGAGAUAGGAGGCGCUUUGAACACCUACGGUAUGUUUGGGCCACGCUUCGAUCGCCUAGAUGGACGAUUUGGAAUGAUGGACGCUGUGUCUGCCCUCAUGCGACGACGGAUGGCAGAAAUGGGCAGCAAUCCUGUGUUUGAUCCUAAUGCAGCCGGGGCAAUCACCGCACGAGGAAGGCCGCCCUCAAUUGGCCCUAGGCUGAUAUUCGGCAGCAACAUGCCUGCUCAAGGGAGCGACGAGGGUGGAGUAAACGUGCUUGCCAGGGGAGGUCGCAGAAUCGGCGCGGACCGUCAAAACUUCGGCAGCUUCCUCGUCGGUCCCAGCCUCGAAGCUCUGUUCGAGCAGCUGCUACUGCAGACCGGUAACCGUCAAGGACCAGCGCCGGCUCCGCAGUCCGCGAUCGACUCCAUGCCGGUGGUGAGGAUAACCCGCAGGCAUCUGAGCGAUGAUCCAGUUUGCCCAGUCUGCACGGAGAGAUUCGAAGUCGGCUCGGAGGCGAGGGAGAUGCCGUGCAAGCACCUGUACCAUGCCAACUGCAUCAUCCCCUGGUUGGUUCAGCACAACUCCUGCCCAGUUUGCCGCCACUCGCUGCCGCCGCAGCGAGGAUCAGACAGCAAUGCAGCCCGCUCACGACCUUCGGUCCACAGCAGCGAAGCUGUGAGCCGUGGGGUCACCGGAGCCGGAGCUGGCCCUGGGCCUGUCACGAGGAACGAAGUCGACGACGGAGAGAGCUCCUUCUCGUUCCUCUGGCCGUUCGGGUCGAGCCCCGGCCCCGGCCCCGGUCCCAGUUCUUACCAGUACGGAGGAGGCGGGGGCGAGCCCGCGGUUUACAACGACGACCCUGGCCAGAUAACCUACUCCGAAUGGCACUACGACCCCUGACAGACGCUCCCUGAGUUCCUGCUCCAAGCAGGAGACGUGGUGUGCAGUCUAGAUAUAUAUAUAUAUGAUGAAUCUGUGGUGGAUGCCUGUAGCGUUCACCUUAUGUUGGCCGGAGGCCUGGAGCUGUGUAUAAAUGUAAGCUGCCUCCUGGGCAUUCAACUAUAUUCUGUACCAGUAAAGUACAGUAUAUCGAACCUGUAUUACUAUCACACGACGAUAAGCAGUGAGUGAGCAAGCAUAAUCCGAUCCGAAACGGCAAUUUUCGUUU